AUUGAAAGCUCAUUAAAGAACUAUGAAAAUAAUUUUCCUGAUAGCAGCACUUUUCUCUGCCGAAAUGUUAGGCGCAGUCGCAGCCAACUAUUGUGGCUCAUCAUUGUGUGCAACAGGUGUUACACACAUUGCCUGCAAUCACACUGGGAACUUUGAGUCCUCCUGUUCCCCCGACGCUGCCAUGGUUGAAAUUGGAAGAAAUCUUCAACAAUUCAUUGUCACUGAACACAACAGCAAACGUAAUUAUAUUGCUACCGGCAAUAUUGCAAAAUUUAAGCCAGCUUGCCGUAUGGCCACUAUGAGAUGGGAUCCGGAAUUGGCUAAGAUAGCUUCGUACAAUGUACGCCAAUGUAAAAUGGCCCAUGAUAAGUGUCGUAAUACUGCAAAGUAUAAGUUUUCAGGGCAAAAUUUGGCUUGGAGAUCCUACACAGGCACACCGAACAUACAGCAGUUGAUCAACGUAGCCAUAAAUGCCUGGUAUGUGGAAUAUAAGUAUACCACAUGGCAGCAGUUGCAGUCCUAUCCUUUGAAUUAUCAGGGGCCAGACAUUGGUCACUUUACGGCCAUGAUGGGUGAACGCAACAUUGCUGUGGGCUGUGCUGCCUCCACUUAUUCUACCAAUGGUGUAAAUUACAAGACAUUCUUAAUUGCCUGCAACUAUGCAACCACGAACAUGUAUAACAAACCAAUUUAUGUUGGAUGCGCAAGACCAGCGGUUAAUUGCAAAGUCGGUAGAAAUUCGAAAUAUCCGAAUCUCUGUGCACCCAAAGAAGUGUAUAAUGUCAACAAAUGGUGA